UGCCAUUAUAAGGAGCCUCAGAGGAGGCACGCGUUUAGUUGUUGAAACCCUCAGCCUAAGGAUACGAGCCGAGACACCAAACCCCUCAGAGCCUGCAGAAGGGAGGACUCCGAGACAUCCUUACGCCACCGCCACAGGCUGGAGCCAGAUCCCAGCGGCAUUGCCUCCCUGAUUCUCCAGCUGCUGACUGUGAUCUCUGCUGGGCUCUGGUCCGUCCCUGCCCGCCCGCCUGCCCGCCUGCCUGGCCGUGCUGAGCAUGAAGAUCCCCGUGUGGUGCCUGGUGGUUCUGCUGGGAUGUUUCUUCACCCCCGCGCGCUGUGACUGUCAGGGGGAAUGCGUGGCCUGUGGGCUGCUCUUACAGCAGCAACAGCUGGAAGAAGCCUUCGAUACCAUAGUGUGUCUGUUGGAGUGUGAGGGUCAUGUCUCCACUUCGCUAACAUGGGAAGUGUGCAGACGCGCCGUAAAGCUGUCGCACCAGCCCACACUAGCAGAAGGGGGCGCUCUGUUCAAGAGAGCCGGGGAGGAGCCGGACCUGAACGCCGAGUCGGCGGCAGCUCAGCAGCUCCCGGAGCAGGACCAGGACGAGACGCCGUGGGACAACGAGCGCAGCGUCCAGUAUGACUCCUCCCCGCUGGGCUCCUCGGAGGAGGGCGGGAGCCUGCGGGGCCUGGAUGUCCGUCUGACCGAGGAGGAGGCCCAGCAGAGGAGGGAGCGGGGCUCCGAGAGCGACGGCCAGCUGGAAGGGGACGCCAGCUCCGAGGGCGUCACCUUAUCCAAGCGCUUCGGCGGCUUCCAGAGGGGGCGCCACGGGUACAGGAAGCUGAUCGGCUCCCCAGCCAGGGGCCUGCAGAAGCGCUACGGGGGGUUCAUCGGCGUCCGCAAAUCCGCCCGCCAAUGGAACAGUCCGAAGUGGAUGAACGUGAACCAGCAGCUGCGGUACAGGAGCAGCAGCCGCAGCGGCCGGCCCGGUACCGGCGGCCUCCCCACGAACCGGCGCUGGAGGCAAAGCAAACUGUGACGCCUCUCCGCCGCCCUCGGGUUACCUCAGCUCAUCCCACCUUUCAGUUCUCUGCGGCUCCCUCGGAUUUGAACUGUCGACGUGAUCAGAACAACAGACUCUCAUCUCCUCCGCGCCUCUUCGUGUCCCCAAGUAACAGAGAAUGUUUUGAUGUCCCUCCUAUUUAACUCACAUUUUACAUGCCAUUCUGUGAAAUAAAAGAAUUAGAGAAAGUGCAAUUGAAUAUAUUUUUGUGUGUCGAUACAAUAAAAAGGGGCCAAGUGACACUGGAAAA